AUGUCUCUCAACGCGACGAUCAACGCUACCAUGCGGGCGGUCGCAUGGUUUGGGCAGCCAUACAACGUGUCGGUCAUCGACUUGCCCGUGCCGGUCAUCGUCAACCAGACCGAUGCUAUCAUCCGUAUGACCAGCGCUGGCAUCUGCGGCUCGGACUUGCACUUUUACCACGGGUUCUCCGGCGCUUCAAACAUCCCUUGGGGCCUUGGUCAUGAGGGCGUUGGUUAUGUGACUGAAGUCGGCAGCGCUGUGUCUUUCUUGCAGCCCGGCGACUACGUCAUUAUCCCUGAUAAUGCCGAUGAUGGCCACUGGGCUGGCCAGGACCAUCCUCUGUCCUUUGGAACCGGCUCACCAGACUACGGUGGCCUCCAAGCUGAGUAUGUUCGAGUGCCCUUCGCUGACAACUCCUUGAUUCCAAUCCCGAUCGAUGGGUCCGAGACAACCUCAACGGCGGAGCUGGAUUACCUCAUGCUAGCGGACAUUUUCGCCACUGCCUGGUCGGGGCUCACCCAGACCGGCUUUGAACCCGGUGACUCGGUUGCGGUCUUCGGCGCCGGCCCUGUGGGCCUCCUGGCGGCGUACUCGGCAAUUACCCGUGGCGCCUCGCGGGUGUACUCCGUCGACCACGUCCAGGAUCGCCUCGAUCUGGCGGCCUCGAUAGGGGCCAUACCCAUCAAUUUCAACGAGUCUGACCCGGUGGACCAGAUUCUGGCCAGAGAUCCCGAGGGCGUGAUGAGGGCCAUGGAUUGUGUCGGAUUCGAGGCUGUCAACGCCGCAGGGCAGCGGGAUGAGGGUGUCGUCGUGUCCAACAUGAUUCGCGUGGCGGCGUACGGUGGAGGCCUAGCCAUUGUUGGAGUCUACAGCGAACCAUCGAACAGCACCGUGGGCGCGCCAUAUGCUGAUCGGAUACGGGCAGACUUGCCCAUCUCCAUUUCCACACUCUGGGGUAAGGCGCUCACUGUGGGCAGCGGCAUCGCCCUGCCGCUACACAUCGACCAGGCGCUCCUCAACCUCAUAGCGGCCGGCAAGGUGUCCCCGAGCUUCAUUGUCAGUUCGGAGAUUGAUAUCGAGCAAGCGCCCGAAUACUACAGGCGCUUCAGCGACCAUUUGGAGGUGAAGGUGGUCAUCCGCUUCCCACGAGACUAA